ACAGUAUUAUCAUACUAAAGCGGUAAGGAUUAACAUUGCUAUCAACUUGGCACGGAUACGAGUUCCAGACAACCUGAUGCUCUUAGCUUACAGCUUAUAAUUCUCAAAACAUAUUGGUCAUCACUCCCUUAAUAUACUUUACUGGUUUCACGAUAAAACUGCAAUACCCGACUUGGAACGACUUGUAUAGAGCGGUAAACAUGUUGACUGUACCCAAUCGGAAAGACUCCGUACCGCAGGGGAAAAGCGAUGUGCGAAUUUUGGUUCUUGGUUCACAAAACGUUGGAAAGUCGGCUUUGACUGUCAGAUUUUUGACCAAACGUUUCAUUGGAGAAUACGACUCCUCUCAAGACUUCACGUACACAUUUGAAUCUUCAAUCGACAAUAACAAAGUAUCAAUGGAAAUACUCGACGCGACAUCACCGCCAGAAAAAAUAGCGGAGAAAGUAUUAUGGGCAGACGGAUUUCUUCUCGUUUACUCUAUAACAGAUGUGAAGAGCUUCGAUGAAGUUGUUAAUUUGAAACAUGAAAUAGUCACAUUAAGAUCAAACUACCGACCGGCCAUAUUUAUAGUUGGAAACAAAAGUGACCUCUCCAGCGAGCGCUGUGUGCCCAAGGAAUUCGCCCUGCAAAGUGUGCAAGAAUUGAAUUGCCCUCUGUACGAGUGUUCAGCGUCGGAAAAUUAUGAAGACAUUCUGCGAGUUUUUCAUGAACUAUAUGGCGAGACUAUCAAGAAAAAGAAAGAACGCAGAUUGUCGAUAUCACCAAGACCACUAAGAAAAGCUUUUAAUAAGGUUUUUGGAAGUAAGACCACUAUUUAGAACUUACAUGCAGAAUCACUAGAACAUAUCUAAUCAGUUUAUUUUAUAAUUUCAGUUAUACAUAAGUUACCACACUCGUUUCAUCAGCUUUUAAACCAAGACGUAAACGUUUAGCUGACUUUUUAAAAAAGUACGUUUUACCCGUGUGCGGGAGUUUGUUUUGACAGUGCAAAAAGUAGUUUAGUCCAGGCUUUGAUACGGCAUUAUAAAGAACAUACAAUAGUCAAUAGACCUACUUUUAAGUUCGUACAUCGUAUUACUCAUCAUUACCUAUACUGUAUUUUUCUUUAUUUAAUGCGAACGAUUUAAUUAACUGACACGCAUGGCGUGUCGCUUUCGCCGUCCAACAACAAGAAACAACGGGACACUUCAAUUUCGAAUGUAAAUCUCUGUCGUUUAGGAAAAUAAGCUAAAUACGUCUUAAGGUAAAAAUCACGUGCCACGUUUGGCCUAUUUUAAGAUCGCUGGCUGAAAGUUUGCCCUUUCUGUAGUCAUGAGUGAAAUAGUGAACAAAAGCCCUUGCGCACGCGUUGAACGAACUUUUACCCAGCUUUCACUUUCUCGUAAAUAUUCACGCAGUAUUAUUUGUUGAACAGAUAUAUAUAACAAGUAAAAGCCUCAGUAAAGGAACUGAUUACUUAGUACAUGAAGCAAUUUAAACUUUCUUAAUUUCAGUAUAAUAAAAAGUAAUGAACACUAAAGUUUCCGUAUAUUGUUCGACAGUUAUAACAGUAUUCUGUCCAUAGACAUCUUUCAGUGGUGAAAAAGUUUUGUUUU